AUGGUUGCUGACAUGAGGAGCAUGAUGAGUUUAUAUGUGGCUGGGUUGUCUCGUCAGUCAAGCAAGGAAGGCAAGACAACUAUGCUGAUAGGGGAUAUAGCAAGAUUUAUGAUCCAUUUACAACAAGUUGAGGAGGAUAAGUUGAAGGAUAAAAAAGAGUUUAAGGAAAAGAGGGCUAAGAUAGUAGGGGACGAGUUCAGGAAACAAAAGAAUGAUGCCAACCAAUCAUCCCUCCCACAGAAACAGAAGGGACCUGCUCCACUAUCUGCUAGUGCACUUGCACCUGAGAACAAAGAUGGGUACAAUAGAAAUUCCUAUAGUUUCAGGGCUAGACUUGCCUAUCCUCAAGGCAGUAUGGUACCAAGGGGUAGUAAGGCUCCUUCAUAUGCUAGGUGUGGUAGAACCCACCCAGGUAAGUGUCGUCAGGGCCAGACAAGUUGUUUUAAGUGUGGACAAGAGGGUCACUUUGCAAAGGAGUGCCCUAAGAGCAGGCAAGGUAGUGGAAAUCUGGGCAAGAGGGCCCAAUCUUCUUCAGUUGUCCCAUCAGACAGAAUGACACCUAGAGAAGCUACUUCUAGUACCGAUGUUGUUGAAGCUUUUCCUCGUGACUCUGUAGUUGAGAAGAAUUAUGCUUGGCUUUAG